AUUGAUCCAAUAGAUUUUGAAAUAUUUAAGCCAUUUCUUGAUAAGAAUGUCGAGAGACAUUAUACCCGAAGUUCAAUUAUGUUAGGGCUUUUAAUUCAAUUAAAUCCGAAGAUUACUGAUAUACGCCGUAAAGGAGUUGCAUUACAGGAUUAUCAUAAUAUAUUAGCUGUCGCGCCACAGGCUGCUAGAUUUACUUUAUUACCAAUUAGUCAUAAA